AUGGCAGCCAACGCCAAGCCGCUGAGUUUGCAGAUUGCCGAUGCACGUGGCAUUAGCUACAAGGGAAAGCCAUUAAUGUGGAAGGAACGGUUCAAGGCCCGGUGCCGGGAGGAGCUGCGGCGCAAGCGGUAUGCUGCCAUGGACCAGCGACGACUUGGCUCUGGGCACGACGGGACCACCGCGGAAGAAGGCACCAUGGACAUGGAAACGGACGUGGAACAGGUCAUGCGCGAGCAGCUUGCUCUGCUGCAGCAGCAGGUCGUUGGUGAUGACGUCCACGCCCUGUCACCAGGGGUUGAUGCCGCGCAGGCAUGGUCGACGGAGCCCGGCGCUUUGUGUAGCCGCUCUCAACCCUUCAGCCUCGGCAGUCACCCCCGUGGCGAUGCCCGGGAAACCCAUGCAAGUGCACACGACUUUAACAGUGAUGAGGGACAGGAAGAUGUGGAUAUUCUCACGCCCAGCACUGAGGCUGAAUAUGACUAUCUGCUCGACCUUUGGAGCGAGAUUCAGCAGGAACUCAUGGUGGAGGACGCCAGCCAGGCAUUUCUCGAGGACGAGGCGCAGAUCGAGGAGGCUGAGCAGGAGGAAGCACGCGCGCGAGACGAGGCCCUGGCAGCGCUCUCCCUUGCCGAUGACAACGCCGUAACCUGCCCCGUGUGCCGGCAUUCUCUGUUACGCAUGCGGCUCUGCGUCAUUUUCUGCCCCUGUGGCUUUCAGCUCAACACGCAGGACGAAGGCAUGACGCUGGCCCAGUUUGGACAUCUCCUCUACGACCUAGUCGAUGAGCACGACGCAACAGGCUGCUCGCAACGUCUGAGCUUUCGAGUCUGUGAAACCAUGGCAGAGCGCCGAUGCCCCCAAGUUUUGGAGGCUGCGUGUCGGGCUUGUGGAUUUAUGAAUUUUGUUUAG